ACAUGGACCGUUGAUGCUUAGCCGUUAGCGUGCUGUGGUAACAUCCGUUGAUCUUAGAAACCUAGUGUGGCUGAAUGGCAUGCUUUGGACUCUAUUGUGGGAAGACUCUAUUGUUUAAAAAUAGCUCAACUGAAAUCUAUGGAGAGUGUGGGGCGUGCCCAAGAGGACAGAGAACAAAUGACCAGAAGUACUGUCAGCCUUGCACGGACCCCCCGGAACUUUAUGACUGGCUUUACCUUGGCUUCAUGGCGAUGCUUCCUCUCGUUUCCCAUUUGCUCUGCAUUCAAUGGAAUGCAAAGAAUAGUAAUUCCAGAGGUGUGUUUUUCCAGCAAGUCUCUGCGCUAUUAGAAUGCAGCAUGGCAGCUGUGGUCACAUUACUUGUGAGCAAUCCUGUCGGCACCCUUGUCAUCCACUCAUGUCGGGUGCUGAUGCUUUCAGAUUGGUACACGAUGCUCUACAAUCCAAGUCCAGAUUACAUCACCACCGUGCACUGCACUCAGGAAGCCGUGUACCCUCUGUACACUAUCGUGUUCGUUUAUUACGCUUUCUGCUUAGUAUUGAUGCUGCUGCUUCGACCACUACUGGUAAAGAAGAUCCAGUGGCACCUAUACGUGUCAAACCAGCUGGAAAGCAUGUAUGCGGCCCUCUACUUCUUCCCGGGUUUGACCGUGCUGCAAGCAGUUGCAGGAGGCCUCCUAUAUUAUGCCUUCCCAUACAUUGUGUUGGUGGCAUCUUUGGCUAAUCUGGCUGUUUAUCUGGUUUUUGCCAAAGUAGAGAGCUACAGUGAUCUGAUAAAAAAGGACAGACUUCUCGUUCUCUUCAGCCAGUGGUUUCUUCAUGCCUAUGGCUUAAUGGCACUCUCCAGGGGGCAGCAACUUGAGCAAGAUCUGCUCCUUUUAACUUUGGUGCCUGCCCCCACUCUUUUUUACUUUUUCACUAUUAAAUUUACCAAACCAUCACGGAUAAUCAUCGAAGGAACCAAAGAACACUGAAUAUAAAAUAGAAAGGAAACAACACUUAAGUAUUUCUAACCUUAAAAAGUAAAAAAAUUUAAAUGUA